AUGGUCAUAUACCGGAGAAAUGAGGAGGAUGAUUGUCUCAAGAUCGCAGAGAAAGAUGGCUUCACUUCACCCAAUCAUGCUACAACGACGACCGACUCUUCUGGUCAACCUGACCCAAAUAACUUCACCGCACCCCUGCACCGGAAGCUCAAGUCCCGACACCUGCAGAUGAUCGCCAUCGGAGGUAUUAUCGGGCCGGGUCUGUUAGUCGGUUCAGGCAACGCAUUGCACCUAGGUGGUCCGGCCGGAAUUUUGAUCAGCUUCUCACUUGUUGGAAUCAUUAUCUUCUUUGUCAUGCAAUCAAUUGGGGAACUAGCAACAGUGAUCCCCGUCACUGGGUCGUUUACUGAAUAUUCAUCUCGAUUCGUUGACGAUUCUCUGGGUUUUGCCCUGGGAUGGGCAUACUGGUAUCUUUGGGUCACGGUCCUGGCAAAUGAAUACAAUGCCUUAUCCCUUGUCAUGGGAUUCUGGACGGAUGUUGUUCCUCAAUGCGCAUGGAUUAUCAUAUUCUGGGUCAUACUUCUUGCCAUGUCGAACUUGGGAGUAUUGGCUUACGGGGAGGUUGAAUUCUGGCUGUCGUUAAUCAAACUCUUAUCCCUCACCAUUUUCUUUCUUUUGGCCAUCUGCAUUAGUUCAGGGGGGAUCGGAAAUCGCAUUAUUGGGUUUAAGUACUGGAAAGAUCCCGGUGCAUUUGCAGAUUCCAUAAACAGUGUCGCUCGUACCUUUGUCAUUGCUGGGACUCUAUAUGCAGGCACCGAAAUGGUUGGCGUCACUUCAGGCGAAUCAAGUAAUCCGUUGCGAGCAGUGCCGAAAGCUAUCCGCCAGGUUUUCUGGCGAAUCCUUGUAUUUUACAUCGGCAAGUUAUAA